AUGACAAGUGGCAUGUUAAUGACUAUUAGUUCGAGUGUAGCUUCUCCAAAGAGGACAAGUGAAAGAAGAUUACCGAAUGGAUCUUUGAAGAAAAGUGAAGAACUUUCUCUUGAUUCAUCUUCAAGUAAUUCGAAUAGCUCCAAUUCGAAAGGAAUUUCAAAGAAGAGAAAGACUAGAUGUUGCAGAACUUUAGAUAAAGAAGAAAUAAUCAAAUACUUUUCAGUGAAAGAAGAAGAAGCAGCACAAUUAUUGAACGUUUCCAAGUCAAAACUCAAAAGAAUUAAAAAAGAAAGUAACUAUUAUCAUUCUGCAGAGAUGGGUAUUUCACGAUGGCCAUACAGAAGACUUGAAGCUCUCAAACAAGAACUCCACGACAUUGAAGAAAGAAUCAAAAAUGUCAACAUUCAAUCCAUCAAACCAACUUAUUCGACAUCUACUCAAUUUUCCUCCUCCCCAAUUUCAUCAUCUCAGCAACACCAACACCAACACCAACAUCAGCAACUUUCCUUACAAUUAGAAGAAUCGAUAUUGAAGGGUUCUAUCGAACUCAUUCAUCACAUCCCAAAUAUUAUUGUAAAACAUAGCAAUGAACAUAUUAAGGAAAUUGCUAGAAAAACCCAAAGAAUUUCCCUCUCUAAUUUGCUCAACCUGUAA